ACUACUUCCUCGUUUCUUGCGCGUGCCCACCAAGCCUGUCGCCGUGCCCACAGAGCUCCCUUCCGCUGACAGGCUGCUGUCACACAGCCACCAUGUUAUCCCAUUCCCGGUGUUUCACCAGGAAUUUCGGCCGUUCCCUCUCUGCCAUCCGCCAGGUAGGCAACCGAGAAUGAAGUGUUGUCUCUGCCGCCGGGGACAGGACUCCUCGUGCGUUUGUCUCCGGGCGGAGUCCCUGAGUCUGUUUGCUAGCAUUAGCUUUAGCACUAGCAUUUAGCGGACAGGCCGUAACAUUGUGAGCCAAGGACAGUCUGACACUUCCCGUUACAACUCUUUGUUGGGGUGUGUGAUACUAAAAAGCAGUACUCAACUUCCCUCUUAUAUAUGUCGUUUUGACAUGCACGUUUUCUAAGGUUUACAUAAGCAGAAAGAGCAUUGUCCAUGUGAGUGUUUAAACUUGUCCACAAAUAUCUGUGCAGCUAGCUUAAGCAUGCAAGCGGGGAGGUUAGCUUUGUGCUUUUAGCUGUCAUGCUGAGGUCAUAUUGUAUUUGACGAGAUUAUAACCCCUGGUUAGCAAUAAUGACAGUAAUUUUCUGUUUUCACUGAGGGUAUGCAGCGUCUUUUUAAAGAUCACGCAGGUUUAGCUCUUCACAAUUUAGUAAAGUCUCGGUAGCUCGUACACACCUGUUAGUACGAUCAUCAGCAGAUAUUAAAGUUAUUUGUUGUGUCAGGUCUGUUAAAAAGUUUUAAACACUGGUUUGAUCAAAUCAUGCUGCUCAGCACUCUUGUUUGUCACAUAAUUUGAUCGAUCAUCUCAAAGAUCAUUGGCGGGGUGCUAAUGACCUUUGACCGAUAGUAGCCUGUUGUUGACUCUAUUAGGUUUCCAUAUGCACAGUUACUGGUCGUAUUUUUGGUCACUGAUUGACACUGUUUUUGUGUGUGUGUUUGUUUGUUUUAUUUCAUUGUCAACUCUUAAGGAUAUGAACUGACCAGCCAGAAAACCAUGAACACUAAAGCAAUCCAAUACAGCAGCUUUACCAUAGAGUAGGACUGGGCUAAACGAUUUGAAGCAAUAACGAUAUAUAUCGAAAAUUAAUUUCCCUCAGUAUCAAUAUAAAACAUUGUCAAUAUGCUCGUUGAUAGUCGGCAUUCUGCCAUGUUUUGGUAAAUGAUAUGAAUAGCCAAUAAAAAGGGGAGUUGCUCCGGGUUCGCUUCGUGCUGAACCAAUCAUGUGCUGAAUUAGAACCAAGUAGCAAACAACUGCGAAGUAACAGGCUGUAGCUACACGCAACCAUAGCACUUUAACAUGUGAAGCUGACAGCGCUGUAAGUGACAAAAAAAGAAAAUGAGUGCCACCCCUGGCAGAAAUGCAGAUGAAGGCUCAACAGAUGAUGACAUCGUCGACAUCACUGGCACGAAAACGUAGGUGGUGUGGAGGUAUUUUGGUUUUAUGAGGUUGGACCUGAAGCAGAGUAAAGUGCACUGCAAAUUAUGUCGAGUACAUGUUCAAGCAAAGUCAGGGAAUACCUCAAAUCUUUUUCACCACCUUAAGCAGUGCCAUGUGGCAGAGCAUGCGCAAUGCAAAAGGUUACAAACCCUGAGCGGAGCAAGGAGCCCAUGGCGCCUGUGCAGCUGAAACAGCCGACCACUCAGUCCACUCUUUCUAGCGCAACGCCCUACGACAAAACGUCAAAGAGACAUAAAGACCCCACAGAUGUAGUAGCUUAUUGUAUCGCAAAAGACGUGCUACCAAUAAGCACUCUUAAAUUUCAUUUUUUAUAUUGUGAUAUAUAUCGAUAUCGACUGAUAUGAAAAAAAAAAUAUUGUGAUAAACUUUUUCCCAUAUCGCCCAGCCCUACCACAGAUACUACUUUUGGAGAACAUCUUAAUUAUUGAAGAUGUAAUGGGUGUAGGUGAUGAACUAAAGUGUUGUCCUUGUUUCUUUCUGUAGGGGAACAAUGUUCUAGCUCGUCGGGCCACUGCAGGUGUGUGUGCUUUACUGUGCUCAAGGUCUUAAAUACUGACUUACUUGUUUGUGAACUCUUGCUGUAAAACAGUACAUAACCUAUCGCUCUGUUUUUGUGCCCUGCAGCUCUAUCAGUUAACCAUUCUGUCACUCUUAACAACCAUAUGUAAGUAAAUCAGCUCUAAACUACUGAACAAGAGACAAGGAGAGACACAGUCAGAAUUUGAAUGUGUUUCAUACUGUGUGUUUUUUAUUAGUGAUAAAGUUUUAUCAUAUCUUUGCAGUCUGUCCAAUGCCAUCAAUUGGUAACUGUUUAUAUGUGGUUAAUACAGCAUGUUUAUUCUCAUACACACAAGCUGAAUAUGAAUCAGCAUUUUGAGCAAUUCCUGGAUGAUAGUUUGUAUUAAUGAUAAAGAACUUUGGAUUGAAAGUCUGAUUUUUAUUCCCCUCCUUAGAAAAUCGGAUCCCAAGUCCAGUGUCUUCCAAAUCCGGUACUUCAGAACUUCUGUUGCCUACAGUAUGUUUAAGUCUCUGUAUUCUCAGAAAUAUUAAUCACAACUGCUGCUUUUCUGGAGUAGGAAAUACAUUUCUGUUUACCUUUCUUUGUUCUCCAGGAGAUGAAGUUGUCACGGUUAAGACCCCUGCUUUUGCAGAGUCCGUCACAGAGGGGGACGUGAGGUGGGAAAAAGGUAACUCGUUUGAACAAUGGAAACUUGAUAGUUAUUUCUGUCAAAGAAAUCAGUGACAUAAAAAAAUGUUAAAUGUCAGAUGCUUAAUGUAUUUUCUCCUUUCAGCUGUUGGAGACAGUGUCACAGAAGAUGAGGUGGUGUGUGAGAUUGAAACUGAUAAGGUAAAACUAAUGUGUUGUAUGCUCCUAAUGUAAUCACUGAUACUUGUCAGGCUUUGUCUUAUGUAGUGAUUUGAAUUUAUAGUAAAUGUCUUAAGAUUCAAUAUUUGAUAAUAAUCUUCAAAUAUUACAUUUAUGCACUCGUUGAUAGGGGCACCACCCACUCUUAGUUGUCGAAAAAUUCGAAGAACAAAAGUUUAUUUCAGAAAUUCAACACUAAGUCAAUCUUAAAUCAAAAUUGAAAUCAAUCUCAUAUUGAUUUAUGCUCUAACAUUUUAAGCUCCAUGAAUUGUGAUGUAGAGAUAAAUUUGGAAAUGGAUUUGGAUGAGUUUAGGAUUACUCCAGUAGUCUUUGUAAUACAUCAAAGAAUGAGUUUGGUCAAUAUCAAUGAUUAAAACCUAAAUUAAACAUUUUUAAACCACUUCUGUUUCUUACAGUAAGGUUAUUAUUCAUUUUAAGUUAUUUUAACUCCUAUAAGCUCAUGAGACAGUGUGAAAAGCUGUUGAUCUAAAGCAGUGGUUCUCAAGUCUAGUCCUGGAGGCCCACUGGACACACCUGAUUCAAAUGAUUAGCUCGUUAUCAAGCGCUGUAAUGGCUUAAUAACGAGCUGAUCAUUUGAAUCAGGUGUGUUGGAGCAGGGAAACAUCCAAAACAUGCAGGACAGUGGGCCUCGAGGACUGGACUUGAGAACCACUGGUCUCAAGGAACUAAUGCAUGAAGGAUUUAUUCUGUCAGAGUGAGAUCUUAGCUUCUGGGCCACGUAGAAAAGCAGGACAUGUUUUAUUUAAAAACAAAUUUCACGAUAAGACAGAUUAGUACAUUGCUGAAUACGUCAGACGUCAUUAUCAGUCAUUUGUAUUCUUUCACCAAAGGAAUGCAGUUUUUAGCAGUAUAGAGUUGAGCAGGGUUUUAUGAGGUCAGCGUCCUUCUCCUCAGACCUUUAGUUGGAUUCCAUACGUUCACACACUUGGGACACUUGUAAAUCUUUGAAGGGCGUCCUGGUUUGAGGCAUGAAUGAUUAUUUAGAUGGUCAGUAAUGGAGUCAGUCUGAAAGGUACUAAAGACUCUGUGUCUGUUCUUCAAAUUGACCAACUGGAAAGAGUCAGAGGUUUGGGUCAAGCUUCAGUUGUAACCUAAAAGUCCAAACAAGUCUGGAAAGAUUUAUGUGUCCUGGGACCAGAUAAGGAACCUUUCCUGCGAGGAAUGUGUGAGUUUGACACACAGGCUUGUCUCAAUGCUACACUCAAAAAUUGAAAAGAAUAGGGGCAUGUUUUGUCUUUCUUUUUGUCCUUGACAAUGAUAAUUGCUCUUGCUGACAAGUUUGAAGGAUAAAGAAAAGGGCAAUGAAACAAGAACUCAAAAAAAUUCCUCGUCAAGUAUGUUUCAAACCCACAAGAAAUUAAAAAACUUUGGAUUAUACUAAUACCUACAUGAUUAAACAUUUCUUCAUUAUUAUGAUAGUUGUUCAGAUGUAUUUAUUCAUUUGGUGGGGAGCUGCUUAAUCUCUAAAUUUUUCUGGAGAGUGUCCUUGAGCUGCUUGUCUUUCUCCUCUAAUCUCGUCGUUAAUGUGAUGUUUUUGAUCUUUUUCCCUGCUCUUAGACCUCAGUGCAGGUUCCCUCUCCUGCUGCUGGAGUGAUUGAGGAGCUUUUGGUCCCAGAUGGAGGGAAAGUGGAGGGAGGAACCCCUCUUUUUAAACUUAGAAAAGGAGGUUGUUAUUGUUAUAUUUUUAGUCCAAAAUUAACCACAGCUAAUCUCACUAAGAUUGAGCUUUACAGUCAUGACUUCUCACCUCUGUGUUGCUAGCUGGUGCUCCCAAAGCUGCAGAGGCUCCAACAGCUGAGGCCCCGGCCGCUGCAGCCCCCCCACCACCUUCUGCUGCUCCACCUCCUCCCCCUCCCCCACCCUCAGCUGUGGGUCCCAUUCCCACCACUAUGCCCCCUGUGCCACCUGUGCCAGCACAUGCUAUGGACACCAAACCAGGUUAGUUGUAAUGAGACAGUCUGAGUGUGUCAUAUGAGAAGUGUUUUGCUUGACAUCUGUGCUCUUGACCUCUGGCUGUCAGGAUUAAUCAUUGUUCAGCUUUCUGUAGGCAGGGGCUUCCUAUAAUAAACAGUGUCUAUAGACACUAACUGCUUUUUCAUGUGUUUUUUUCUUAGCUUCAGCCAUCAAGCCCACUGCUGCUCCAGCUGCUCCAGCAGCUCAAGCAGAGGCCGGGCCAAAAGGAGCAAGGACAGAAAGCAGGGUAGACCACAUCUUCUUGAUACUUUAAAAUGAAUGAUGGGUUUUAAAUUUGUUUACUGGCCUUUCAAAGUUCAGUAAAAAUCAGCAUCUGUUAACUCAUAAUUCUUCUUUUUGAUUUAAGGUUAAGAUGAACCGCAUGAGACUGAGAAUUGCUCAGAGACUGAAGGAAGCUCAAAACACCUGCGCUAUGUUGACAACCUUUAAUGAGGUCGACAUGAGGUAGGAAAUACCAAAUAAGAUGACCUAUAUCAUUGAACCUCGGUGCUAUUUUGGCCAAAAAAUAAGCAAUAUGCUCUGCUGUAUUACCACACAGAAACUGGGGCCUCUGAAGGAAAAAGACAGUUUUUUUUUUCAAAGUGAAGAAAACCUAAUUUGUUUUGAUAGUUCUCAAAAUGUUUGUAAGUCUCCAUUACUUUGCAGCACUUACACAAACAUACUAACUGUAUGUCCGUGUUAAAAGCCAAAACAACAGUGGUUAACAUGGUUAUAGAUUAGAAUCUGCCAAAUAGGAAAAGCUUUCUGAAACUCAAUAUCCUCUUAAACACUGGAAUGUAAAUAUUUGGUGGUAAUGCCAUCUAAAACGAAGAUAAGAAUUGGUAAAACAGGUUUUAUUAAUUUACAAGGAAAUGUUAUUGUCUCCACUUGCCCCCUGUACUGAAGAGGACACUUUGAGGAUUUCUUUUUCCCCGCAAAUGUGUGGUGUCAGCUUUCGGCUAUUCAGGGUUUUCUAUGUAUCCUAAUUGGAUUGACAUUGACAGUCUGGAGGAAGACUUCCCAGGCUAGGGCUCAUCUGGAGCCGAAGGAGCGGGUCAGAGCAGGAGGCCGGAGCAUCUGCGAGGGCCCACAGAGACCUGCCUGCUGAGUGGAAGAGCUGCCUCAACCGAUAUGGGCUUUUAUGACAGCCCAAUAAGAUUUACAGGCUCGAGAAAGUGAAGAUUUUUAUCGCUUCUUCUCUCCUUUCUCGGAGAGUCUGUGUCUUGGGAGGGGCUAAUUUUGUUAGCGGAGAAACCCUAGAGCUUCAACAGGGUUAGAGACAGGAAAACAAACAAUUAAAAGGAGAGAUACAAGAGAAAAAUGAGCAAUGGUGAAACGAUUAGCAGGACAAUUUCAAAACAUAAAUACUCCCCAAUAUGUAACAGCAAAAGGAACCAUGAAAAGCCUAGGCUUUGGGGCCAAUAUGGGUUCUUAUCAGGUCAGAAUAUUUGUAAUAUAAUAUUUGAAAAAAGAGGUUUUGGUGACUAUAACUGCUUGUAGUUUCUUGCAUUGUUUAAGGGAAAAUAUAUCAAUUUUUAACACUUUUUUUUUUUAAACACUUCCUCCUGUGUGUUUCUGAACACCCUGGACAAACAUUUUUGAAAAGUGAUUUGUUGGUACUGCUGUAUUUUCAAUGAUUUCUGCGUUUUUAAAAUCAUUAAACCUUGCUUUUUAUUUCACAGUUUAUUUUCUUCCAUUGAUUUUUCUCCUUUAUUUUUCUACCUGCCAUCAAAUCAAGUUUACUACUGUAAACCUGCUUGACUUCAAAAUUCUUUUGUACUUUUUCCCUGUAGCAACAUCACAGAGAUGCGCAAGGCUUACAAAGAUGCCUUCCUGAAAAAGCACAACAUCAAGUUGGGCUUCAUGUCUGCGUUUGUGAAGGCUGCUGCCUACGCUCUGACUGACCAACCUGCUGUUAAUGGAGGUACAGAUUUCACUGUUAAAGAUGUCGAAAAUCUGUCUUCGUGAAUCAGUUUGCAUGCCUGGUGUCUUGCUACUGCAAGCAUGAGCGUGUGGUGGAAGAAAAUAAUUUACAAAACCUCAAAACCAACGUUAAUUUAUUUACUGCCUUCAGACCGCCCUGACCUAUUUAGACAGACCACAGCGAAACGAGGGGGGCGCAAAUACACUCUGUGGCUUUUACCUUAGAUAGCUUUUUAUUUGCCACUUAUAAGAAGUGUCACCCAUGUCAAGGAAACGUAUACGGCAAAUGCCAUGGUGAUCGGCAAGCAUUUAUUUUCUUUGUUUGUGUGUUUGUAAAACACUUCAGAUAUUUGUUCUUUGUGUUUUUGUAGUAAUUGAUGACACAACCAAAGAGAUUGUGUACAGGGACUAUGUGGACAUUAGUGUAGCUGUGGCCACACCAAAGGUAAGACAAGUGCAUUAAAUCCUGAUGUGAAGUGUAAGUGCUUGAUGUUCCACUUUCUCUAAUGUGACGGGCAGAAAAUUGAGUAACCGACUUUCCUCUCAGGGUCUGGUGGUUCCCGUAAUCCGAAACGUAGAGGGAAUGAAUUUUGCCGAUAUUGAGAAAGCCAUCAAUUUGUUGGGAGAGAAGGUAAUAUUUUAGAAUUAAUCUUCAAGUCUGGUUUGUUGUAAAUGUUUGUUUCAUUUGUUGAUCUUAAGGCAUGUGAUUGAUUUCUACUGUGGACGUAUGUCACUGCAGGCUCGGAAAAAUGAGCUGGCUGUUGAAGACAUGGACGGAGGAACCUUCACCAUCAGUAACGGCGGUGUGUUUGGGUCCAUGUUUGGCACACCUAUAAUUAACCCACCACAGUCUGCUAUUUUAGGCAUGCAUGGCAUCUUUGACAGGCCUGUGGCAGUUGGUGGCAAGGUGAGACUAUGACAUGAGACAUUUUGGUAUCAUUGAAUACAUAAUUAUUUCAAUAAGUGACAGAGCUAUCGAAUAGAAAUUUUAAAAUAUGUCAUAAAACCUAAAUCAGAGCUUUCUAUGAUAAUACGAAGAUUUAAAUUACAGAUGACUAUAUCAUAAUUGUGUCAAAAAAUCACCAUAAAUUUGCUUUCUCAGGUGGAGAUCCGUCCCAUGAUGUAUGUCGCCCUGACAUAUGACCAUCGCCUGAUUGAUGGGAGAGAGGCCGUCACUUUCCUGCGCAAGAUCAAGUCAGUGGUGGAGGACCCUAGGGUGCUGCUCCUCGACAUGUGAGCCCUCGUGAACUCCAGGCCCAACCAAACAAACCACACUACUCAACAAACAGUGGCUGUAAUCACCCGAUGAACAUUACUGUAACUGCAGUUGAUGUAUUGUUGUCUUGGUUCAGUAGAAAAAAAAAAAAAGGAUUUUUGAAGGACAGUUUGGUUGUGCACUGGACAUUUGUAAGGCUGGAAGCGCUUAAAGGUUUAGUUCUGAUGUGGAGACGUGUCAUUAGGGUCUGGGGUCUCUGUGGUGCUGGUCUCUAGAUCAAAAAGAGAAUAUUCUAUAACUUGUGCGCCAUAUGUCAUUUUCUACACUCAACAGAAAAAAUAUUGUUUAAGUAAAGCAAACAGAUAAACUGGAUAGUGUCAUUUCAUUAUUUUGGUGGAGAAAAGAACAAUGAGCACAUAUGCAGCCAUAAACCAAGAAACACUAUCUUAUAAAAUGUCCAAACUGUCAAAACCCUCUGAAAGAAUUUAUGUCAUCUGUUUUACAAAAAGAGGAUAAUUCUCUAUAUGCUGUGUAAGAACGACUAUUUAAGAAAAAAGGAAGUUUUAAACAAUAAAGCUGCAUUACUCGACUGAAAU